AUGUGGAAGAAGAAUCAAUAUCAAUCACCGGAAGAGAUUCGUCGUCGUAAAAAUAUCAAGAAGGGCAUUGAUUUUACUCUUUUGGUGUGUGGCCAGGAGGGCACGGGGAAGGCUUCGUUCAUCAACACUUUGUGCAAUCAGAACGUGAUCAGGAAGGACACUGUGACGGUUUCGCCUGAGAACUCGCAUUUGAACCCAGGUAUUGAUAUUUUGGAUAUACAUGUGAACAUUGCUGAGAAGGAUUCGACGCCGAUAAGCUUGGACGUGAUCAUGGCUCCAGGCUUUGGAGAUAACAUUGAUAACACUUCAUGUGUUGCGGUUAUUGUCAAUUACCUCGAGCUGCAGUUUGAUCUGAUGUUGAACGAGGAGUGUCGCAUCGACCGUGAUGCUAAGUUCAAAGAUGGCAGACCUCAUGCGCUGUUGUACUUUAUCCGGCCAACUUCUCGAGGGCUACGUGAAUUGGAUGUUGUUGCCAUGAAGGAGUUUAGUACGAGGGUCAAUGUCAUACCGGUCUUAUCCAAGCUGGACUCCCUAACACAGGAAGAGCUCACGUUGAACAAACAGUUGAUCUCGAAGGACAUAGAGCUGAAUGGGAUCCCUGUUUACGACUUCUCGAUAGAUUCUGAUGACCCAGAGACCAUAACUGAGAUUGAUGCCUUGAGACAGAACUUACCGUUUGCAAUUUGCGGCUCCUACGAUACAGAGGUGAUUGAAGGGUCCAUUUGCCAUGUGAGAAGAUACCCAUGGGGUACCUUGAAAGUUGAAGACCCAGAUCACAGCGACUUCACCAGUUUGAGAAACGUGUUGUUUGGUUCGCAUCUACAAGAGUUGAAAGACACCACACAUACUCUACUAUACGAGAACUAUAGAAGGUCUAAGUUGGCCACUACUGAAGGAAUGAACAGUAUCAAUUCCAGGGUCGUAGCCUCCGUGGGACCAACAACAACGCAUAGCAACACAGCUGCUGUACCAGCUGUUAAUUUACUCAACAGUGAGCCUUCUUUUACCGUCAUUGACGAAGAGACCUUGAGAGAGAUUGAGCGUAAGAAGAAGCUCGUGGAGGCAUAUAUGGCCGAUUUGAACAACUUGGAGAGUCGCCUCCGCCACAGUUCCAAGUUUAAAAGGAUCUCGUCCUGUGAACCAGCUCCAAACUCAACACCCGGGUCUGCUGGCGUCGUUGUUGGUUGACCUGUGCGAGCUUUCCAUUGGAGAUUAUACUGUGCGUUUUGAGCCCAGCAGUCAUCAGCUCUUCUACUGAAGGCUGUUGUGUAUUUACUUGCUUCCAAUGUAUGAACUAAUGAACUAUUGAGCUAGCA